AUGUCUGCUGCAAAUGAUCAACGAAAUUGUUUCUGUAAAUGCUAUAACAUGUUUGCAUGGGAGAGGACUUUCAACACUGAUUCCGUUCAUCUGAAUGAAAAACCUUAUUCGUGCGGUCGAUGCUUAAAGGGAUUUUCUCCCUCUGAUAACGUCAUUGUUCACAAUCUUAUACCUACCUUGAAUCUAUUAAGUACUUAUAACAUUUUUAACAAAAACGCGAUCACUAAAAUGCAUAUAACUACUUACAACAUUAUCCACGACAGUACUAUAAAACUUUGUUCAAUUAGAGAGGGCAGUAAUGAAUGUUUAACCAUGGAAAAUAGUAAUGAGAAAUAUUGUUUUAAUGGUGAAACAAGUAACAGUUCCCUUAGUCUUACACAGUGCAAUGAAAAUCCAGAAUGUAGUGGUCAAACUGCUGCAAGUUCGUUAACAAAUGACUUGGAGAAUCCUUAUGCAUGCAUUGAAAGGCAUCAGAGUGAUUUAACUGCCCAUGUUCGUGUAAAAGAAAAACUUCUUCACUGUUGCAGCAAGUGUAACAGUUUGUUUGAACAUGAAGAACAUUUAGUGUCUCACAUGCGUCUUCAUGAUCAUACGGUGCCUUAUUGUUGCAGCGUAUGCAUUAAAGUUUUUCCAAAUAAAGUAGCCUUAUCUAAUCAUAUUUCGACUCAUUACGUAAAGACUAGCAAAGACUCUUAUUCUUGCAAUACAUGUUGGCGCAGUUUCCUUUCUAAAAAGGAUAUGAUUCAACAUUUAAGCAUGCAUGUCAUGCAGAAUCCAUGCUCUCUAUGUAAAGGUAUACAUAAAUUGCGAAAUGGUUUUGCUUUUUUCUAUUGUGUUCAUAGAGAAGGGAUAUUGCGACAUGUUUGCCAUAUAUGUAAUAAAAGGUACCUGCGUAAACAAAGUUUACGAUCUCACCUCAACCUCCAUAACCUCAAAAAGCCUUAUGUUUGCAAUGUAUGCCAAAAAGCUUAUCAUUUGCAAGCAAGUUUAUAUUCUCACUACGUUGCUUAUCCUGCGCAUAAUAAAAGCCUUCCAACAUGUUUAACAGAUGAGAAGACUACUUUAGAUAUUAAUGAACAAGUACAAAUGGGAAAAGAUGCUUUCGAUAUUAAUGGUGUGCAGUAA